AUGCCAUUAAAGGCUGUUAAAGGACAAGUGGUAGCAGAUUUUAUAGUCGACCACUCCAUAGAUGCAAAUGCACUGGACUAUCACGAAUUAGAACCUUGGAAGUUGUACUUCGAUGGGUCUAGUCACAGGGAUGGAACAGGCAUAGGAGUCGUGAUUAUUUCUCCUAAUAAAAUUCCAACAAGAUUCAAGUACAGAGUGGAGGGUCUCUACUCAAACAAUGAUGCUGAAUAUGAAGCCCUCAUAGCCGGACUUGAAAUAUUAUUGGGAUUGGGGGAGGAUGUGAUCGAGUUUAUCCAGAAGCACAUUAUUUAUAGAUUUGGAAUCCCAGAGACUGUUACAACAGAUCAAGGGUCAGUAUUCACUGGUCGGGAAAUGCAAGAAUUUGCCACAGAAAUGGGUUUCAAACUAUUAACUUCGACGCCUUAUUAUGCUCAGGCUAAUGGACAAGUCGAAGCUGCCAAUAAAGUGAUCAUUGGUUUGAUUAAAAAGCAUGUGAAGAAGAAGCCUAGAAAUUGGCAUAAAACUCUAGUUCAUAUUUUAUGGGCAUGUCAUACCUCUCCCAAAGAAGCCACAAAAUCAACCCCUUUUCGACUAACUUUUGGCCAUGAUGUUGUUCUACCAGUAGAAACUCACCUACAAUCUAUAAGGAUUCAAAGGCACCAUGAACUUCCAACAGAGUCAUAUUGGAGCAUGAUGAUGGAUGAAUUGGUUGACUUAGAUGAAGAAAGGUUAAAUGCUUUGGAGUUAUUAAAACGAAAAAAGAAGAGAAUAGAAAUCUCUUAUAACAAGAGGGUAAAAGUCAAAAGUUUUUCGCCUGAAGACUUGGUCUGGAAAGUCAUCCUUCCAAUGGAUCGAAAGGAUAGAGCCUUAGGAAAGUGGGAAGGCCCUUUUCAAAUUUUGCAAGUUUUUUCUAAUGGUGCUUAUGAAAUCGAAGAGCUUAAUGAAGAUAGAAGGAUUCUAAGAGUGAAUGGGAAAUAUUUGAAAAGAUAUAGACCAGUGCUCUAA